GAUGUGCAAAGGCCAUUUGCAAAUACUAACCCAUUUUAAAUAAGGAACUUGAGCAUCCUCCAAUUCUGCAGGGGUUUGGAGUCAAUCCCUGGCAGUUAUCAAGGGAUGACUAUAUAUGCUCUGAGGCCCUGGGAUGAACCUUUUUGAAGGUGGCUGUUAUUAUGGAUGACUAAUUUUUCUCAGAUAAUUUCCUUUUAAAACUUCUAGUAUUUAUACAGUGACUCCCAAUGGAAGAUUUAAGUGCAAUACAAGACUGAGUCUUUCCAUCACAUAUUUCCACCCAGAUAACCUAGCCUGGUCCAUCGCCACCAUGUUGUCUCAACAUCCUUAGCUUCAUGAUGGAGAAGUACCCACCCUGGGCAGUAGAGAGAUGAGACAACUGGCAACACAAAGUUUAAUGUUUAUCUUAAAAGACAAAGUCUUUUCUGAAUUAUUGCUUGAAGUCAUGGAGGAAAUUAAACAAAAAUAUAAAGCACAAGACAACUCGGUAACAAAUCCCAGGCUUUCUCCUUCCCAGACCUGGUUCAGACAGAGAGGGAGAUUCACCAUGGCCAGAAGGGGCUUCAGUUCUGGAGGCCAGACAUCCUAG